CGGAGAGUGGUCAAAGGGGUGCAAAGCGAAUCGCUUUUCAAACUUUAUGGUGUAUACUGUCAAAAAAAAUUGUUUGAAACCAAAUCAAAAAAGCGUCUAAACAUAAAAGGUGUAAAGUGUCAAUUACUCUAAAAUAUUAAUAUUAUAUUUUUUAAAUAUAAAACCCUUGAUUUAUAUCGAAAGAUUACAGCUGAAGCUUCAAGUCUAGGGAUCUGUAUGUAUCUUGUAUGUAUAUUCAUUAGGUGAGUUUUUCAGCAACAUAUAUGCGAAAAUGUCGGGCACCAAGAAUGUUCUUGACAAGAAAAAAAAGGGUGUUCAUAAAGCAAUUGCAUCACUCAUAACUCAGCUCAAGGACUUUGAGAAUCUGUUAGAAUCCCCUUCAACUUGUGCUGAAAUCUUGAAUUACUCUCAAUUUGGGGCUCAGAAAUCGAGGCAAGAACAAUCAAAUGCGGGGUUGGGGGAGAAUCAAGUCAAUCAAUUGACAGUUUUGAGAAACCCCACGAGUGAGAAGGUGAAAGAUGUGGAUUUUAGUGGAAUUGGUGAGGUGGGGUUGAAGGAAUUGUGGGAAAAACUGGCUGAGAAAGAGAGGGAGAUUGAGGGGAAGAUGAAAGAAGUGGAAUUUAGCAGGAGAUUUGUCGAGGAUCGGGCACUGGAGCUUGAGGUUAGGCAGAAGGAGCUUGAUGAUGGGUUUCGAGAAUUGGAGUUGAGGAAGAGAGAAUUUGCUAAUAAGAUUUCUGGGAUUAAACGUUCAAAUGCAGGUGUGGUGAAAGUAAAACAAGAACCUUCGUCUGCCAGUGCCAAGUGGGACGAUGACACCCAUCGAAUUUUUACUGAAUUAUGUGUUAAUGAGGUUCGGAAAGGCAAUAAACCGAGGACCACCUUAUCUAAGACGGGCUGGGCAAAUGUGCGCAAGGAGUUCAGUGCCAUUACCGGAAAAGUGUACAAUAAGAAACAAUUAAAAAACCAUUGGGACUGCAUGAAAGUAGAGUGGAUUCUCUUUGACCAAUUAAGGGAGAGACAUACGGUGUUAAAAUGGAACCCAGAGAAGAAGACAAUUGUGGCUGAUGAUGCAUGGUGGGAUGCUGAAAUCAAGAUUAAUCCAAAAUAUGCAAAGUUCAAGAACAAAGAUCUGUCAAUUAUUUGGUUUAAUUAUGAUAUUUUAUUCGGCGAUGUUGUGGCGACUGAUAAUAGAGCACUAGUGCCCGUUGGACUCUCCCCCGAUUUUAAAUUGAAGGAUGAAGAUUAUUUUAUUGAUGAGGGUGAUGCUGCUGCUGUUGAAGGGGCUGAAGAAAGUGAGUGUGGUGAUAGCCAAGCCAGUAGACAGCCAGGUAGUGAUGAUAUUAAAAUCCCCGUGACAUCUGAGAAAAAAUUGAGUAGUGGGACGAAAAGAAAGAUUGGAGCUCUGUCCUCUAAAGAUGGUAUUGAUUCCCUCGACAAUGUGAUGGCUUCUAAUAGCACAGAAUCAAGUUUUCAUACAGCUGAUGCCCCAAGUAUUAAGGAAUGUAUGGACAAACUCGAGGAAAUUGAAGAAAUUCCGAAGAAUGCUCCUCUCUACUGGUAUUGCCAGAAUUUGUUUACUAGAGCUGACAUGAGAACGAUUUUCAUGAAACAGCGCUGUGAUCGCUCUCGAGUUGGAUGGCUAGAAUAUAACUUUAGCGAAUAUCUAAACAGAAAGCCUGUUUGAGAAUGCUAGUAUUUCCUUAAGCACUGGUAUUUCAGAUGGCUCUUCCGCGAAAUGGUCCAAUGCUGUCAUAAAGUAGAGAUCCAGAAACAGGUUGUAUGAAGAUAAAUCUGUAGUGUUAGCUGUUAUAUAUGCAGUAGUACUUUAUCAAAUUGUCAUGGAUGUUGUAUGCAAUGAAAUGGCUAUUUUCGUUGGUUUUAGUUAAAAA